GCGGGGGUUUGGGGCGUGUCCCUUCAAUCUCACGGGGACAGUUUCCUUUCUGCUUUUGCCUCCACUGGAACAGAGGAAGAGAGGAGGUUAGGUUGACAGACUGCUGGCGCUCGGGGCAUGGAGACCCCAUGGGCGCCCUGGCCACUCAUCUGGGUCGUGCUGCAGCUGGGCUGGCGGCCAGGGUGUCUCCUAGGUGCCCCUGACAGGCCCUGGGGCCCCUUGACCUUCAACCCACGCCAUCUCACGGUGGCUGAGGGGGAGACAGCCACCUUCACCUGCAGCUUCUCCAACACGUCCACGAACUUUGUGCUGAACUGGUAUCGCAUGAGCCCCAGAAACCAGAUGGACAAGCUGGCCGCCUUCCCUGAGGACAGCAGCCAGCCCGGCCGGGACCAGCGCUUCCGUGUCACACAGUUGCCCAACGGGCGAGACUUCAGAAUGAGCGUCCUCACUGCCCGGCAAAAUGACAGCGGCAUCUACCUCUGUGGGGCCAUCCACCUGUUCCCCGACACGGAGAUCAAUGAGAGCCCUCACGCCAACCUCACAGUGACAGAGAGAGUCCCAGAGCCACCAACUGAGGGCCCCAGCUCCCCAACCAGUCCCGCAGGCCAAAUGCAGGGCCUGGUCAUCGGUGUCACAAGCAUUCUGGUGGGCGUGUUGCUGCUGCUGCUGCUGACCUGGGCCCUGGCCACCGCCUUCCCCAGGGCCAUGCGAGGAGUCUGUGCCUGUAGGAGCCAAGACAGGCCUCUGAAGCAGGGCCCCUCCCCUGGGCCUGUGUUCUCCGUGUACUACGGAGAACUGGACUUCCAGUGGCGGGAGAAGACCCCGGAGCCUCCGGCCCCCUGUGUUCCUGAACAGACGGAGUAUGCCACCAUCGUCUUCCCAGGCAGCCCAGCCUCCCCCAGCCGCAGGGCCUCGGCUGACAGCCCACAGAGAGCCCAGCCUGUGAGGCCUGAGGACGGACACUGCUCUUGGCCCCUCUGACAGCUUCCUCACUGGCCGUUGGCCUUCAGACCCUCCACCCAGAGCCGGGGUCAUGCCUUCCCUGGAGGAGCACGCAGUUGGGAGAGCGGGGGGCCACCGGGGCUGAGCCAUGUCGGGAUAACACCCUUGCACUGAGCCAAUGCUGCCUGGCUCUCCUCUCAAUGCUCAUGGGGACCUGAGCACAGGAGGGACCACUGUUACAUCUGGGCAAAGAGAGGAGACUGCCCAGGACUCCAGGCCCAGACCGAGUUGAGCCGGCCAGAGUCUCCCUCCUGAACUGCUGCUCUGAGCUUCCUGCCCACCCUCCCUGAGGGUGUCAGGGGGCUUUAGCAUCCCUGCGGCCCCCACUGCCUCCGAGGGAAAUGGGUGCUUGGACAUGAGAGCACGGGGUCCUGCUUGGAGACUCUGCCUUGGGGUGGCCAGUGAAGUACCCGUCAUGAGGAGAUGCAGCACACACCUCAAGAAGCACACGGGGGAGUGUGGGGGCCCCGGGCCUGAGUGGAGCUCCUGGCCGGUGGGCGGGGCAGCACUCCAGAGUGGCCUCGUCCUUGGCACAUGUUCAUGGUGCUAUUUAAAGGGGCCUCAGGGGGCUCUGCCUGGGCUGCUGGGUGGGUGCAACUGUCUUCUCGUUGGGCACCCUCAGCCAGGUCCACUGUUCCUCACCAACCCCACACUGAAGGGAAGUUUUCGGGGCAGAGCAGCCAGUGGGCACCGGGUUUGGGGACUCAGAAACACAUGUCCCUAGUGGGCGCCACAUACACUUGAGAGGCCCUUUCCUUUCCUAUUAUAUUAUAAUUAAAUAAUGACGGA